AUGUCAGAAACAAGAGAGCAUGCUAAAGCUGACGAAUUAUCAGUUACACCAAGAACAUCUAGAAUAGGAAGUAGAUUAUCACACACACAUUCGGGGAAUAAAUAUGAGGGCCGAAGCCUCAGUUCAAGAAUAACAACUUUUUUUCCUGUAAGGAAACAACUGAAGAGAGUAUUCAAUGCUUGUAAAGAUGAUGAUUGUAGUGAUAUAGGGAAAAGACAAAAACGUGGAAACACUAUCGUCGGUGCGAAGUUCAAAUCUCCUGUUGAAAAAUAUCCGGAAACACCUGUUGCUACGGAAUAUUUCUCUGAAGAUGAAGCAUCCACUGAAAAUGGUGUUAUGCUUUGUUGCGAGUCUUUAACAAAUGCACUACCGUCAGCUCUGGGUAUUUUCGACCAGUUACCACCAUCUUUGUUUCUAACAGUCAUCGAAAAGUUGUCAGUUCCGAGACUCGUAACCCUGUCAUUGUCCUCUCACGAAUGGUCCGACAGAAUAGUAGCGUACAUGGGUACGGAAAGCUACCGUAACAGGCUUACAAGAGAGUACAGAGAGUUUUUGUCAAAUAGAUCUCUACCAUACACAUCCCGUGAUCCUUUUCAUACAUUCGGUGAGCUUCUUAAGGCCACUUCUGUAUGUCAGAGUACAGCUGUUCGUAUAUCAAAACUUGUAACCUUUAUCGAGAAAUGUUCUGAUACUGUAAAUGAUUUUCAAGGUUGGGGACGGUUUAUCCAUACGAUCUGUACGAAGUGGGCUUUCACUGAAUGUGCUAAAGUAGUUAGGGCAGUUCUGCGAAUGGAUAACUGUAAGAUUGAAAAGUUGAUUCGCCAGAUGAUCAUUGCUCCAUAUGGAAGCGAUUCACGUUUGGAAAUGAAAGUCCGUAGAAUGCUUCGAGGUCUUUUUCUCGAUUCCAUCAUGAUUGCUGAAAAACUCUCGGAUCAUGGAGUUGAGAAAGAAAAAUCUUUCUGGUUGUCUGCUCUUUUGAGAACACAGUUAUCUGCUAAUCAUCAGGGACGAUUAUUCUUAGUAUUAUUCAAUUCUCUGGAGAAAAAUGAUAACGGCUCAGAAUUCAUAAACUGGAGAUCUUUAGUAGAUAUAGCUGUAACAUCAUGGAGUGAUGCAGAAGAGAGAUUAAAACCUAUGGCUGACGCUUUGUACACCCUUUUAAAGACCAGGAAGUUGAAAGAUGGCCUUUUUGGCUGGAACGAGAACGAGGUUUUCAAUAUGAUUGAAGAGAUCACAACGUUUCCUGAGCCAUGGUCGUUCGACAAUUUUGUAAUGCUUCUAACUCACCGUCCUUAUCUGAUACCCAUAAGUGUAUGUGCAAGAAUCAGGCACGGAUAUGAUGAUGAAGCUGGAAGUAUAGUGAAUUCCAUCAAAGUAUUACUGUACAGAUGGGGUAUAGAUAUCCAGUCUAUUCUCCGGGUACCGCUGAUGUAUUGCAUGAACACUAUGAACUUAGAGCAAAGAAGACAACUGUACAAAUCAAUUUAUGCGGCUCAUGUUCGGCAGUUUCAUGAAUACUUGGCUCAUUCAGAUACUCGAGCUGGUCUUGGAAAUCUUCAACUAGAGAUCAAUUCACAUGCAGCCCUUACUCCUGUUCUUAGUGAAAUGUCUAGCUUGCUCUCACAAUAA